AUUACUCCGCGGUCACACCGGGCCGCACAUUUGUUGUCUUGUCGCGUUGCCGUUCGCAAACGGCGAUCCGUUAAAGUCUUUUUGCUUCUUGCUCUUUGCCAGUCAAAGCCCUGAUAAAAUGUUGUAAUAUUACUCUUAUUACACGACCAGUGUUUCAUUCGACAUAGCGAGAGGUGUGUAAAAUUGUUCACUUUGCCCCCAGCCCCUACAUAAGAGUGUCAAGCUAAAGAAGAAAGAGAUAUGCUGAAAAGCUGAAGAAGAAGAGGAAAGAAAAGUAUCUCUUCUCUAUUUAAAAAUGUGUGUCAGUGUAUUGUGCGGCGGCAGCAGAAAAAAAAGAGCAUAAGCAGCAGCAGCAACAACAAGAUAUAAUAAAUAAUAGCUCUAGCACCGUUUUGGCGACGACGUCUUCCCAAAGGGAGACCCCUGAAGAGGUCUUUUAAUUGUGGCAUUGUUUCCAGUAUUUUUUCCCAUCAUCCAAUUUCCAAGACGCGUUUUGUGCCAAAUAACAGCAAAUUAUUCCCCGCUUUUUGACGGGAUGAUAGUGAAGUGUGUGUGAAAGAGUGUGUGGUGUGUGUGUCGGGAAAGGGCAAGUUGAAGUGUGUGCGUGUGGAAGGAGAGGACUAGCUCUGCUGCUGUCAUCAUCCAUCCUGUAUCUCCAUUUCUCACCCAUUGUUUAAGUGUGUUGUUUCGUUUCCCACGCAUUAUGCUCGCGCUUUGCUAUUGGAAUAGUUGAUGUUGCUGACUGUUUGAGAGCCGAAGCGAUCAUGUCCGAGAAGGUGAGCGCGUCCUUGGCAUCGCAAUUGCAUUCGCAUGCAUUGGCCACAACCGACGGAAGUGGCGCCGCUGCCGGCUGCCACCAUCCCACCACAAAGGAUGCCCAUCCCCCGCUGCAGUUCGAAAUGGAUGCCCCGGCGGCGGCAAUCAGCGCGCAGUUGAAUUUCAAAAUAAUGCCAGCGGACAGUCUGCCCGGCCUGAGCUACCAGGAGAUGUUUGCUUCCAUGAACACAUCACAAAUCUCCAAUGCCUCCACCGAGGCAUCCUCCAGCUGCAGUCCACAAUUGGGACUGGGAUUGGGUCUGGGAUUGGGUGUGCCAAUGGGGCCCCCGCCACCAAAGCCCAGUCGCCAGCAUAUGGCUGUGCAGCCAUUGACCACAUCCAAAUCGUGUCGCUUUCCCAAGCUAGAGGAGUGCGCACAUUUCCACUACGAGCGCGUACAACUGGGACCCCUCUCUGUCCAGCUGCUGGAUGACAAGUCCGAGCACAUGGGCAGCAGCAUAGCCUCCCAGUCGAUUGGCGGGGAUCUGCCGCACAGCUCGCUGAGGAGCUUCUCCCCCGAGAGCUGUUGGUUCAUCAUUCGUGUGUGUCCGCAGCGCUGCGAGCCCUUUCUGAUCAAAAGAUCCUUUGAGAAUAUGCAACUGCUCGACGAAAUGCUGCAUCGCUGUGUGUACGAUCGAAAGAUCAGUGGCCUGAGGAACAUGGCAGAGCUGGCCGAAGAGCUGCCGAGCGAAACGGAUGUGGAGUAUGCGGUGGGCAAGUACUUGGAGCGCUUCUCGAAGAUUGCCUCUGAUUCCCUGACCUGCGGCACCAUCCUGACGUGGCUGCAGCUGGACAACAAGGGGCGACGCCUGCCCCUGGCCGAUGGCGAGACGCAGCGAACCAUCAACACCCCGGCGGUGGGGGCAGCUUAUGGCGUGAGGCGCUAUCAGGCCCAGGCCCCGGACGAAAUAAACAUCGAAGUGGGGGAUAUGAUCUCAGUGAUCGACAUGCCCAGUCCCGCCGAGUCGAUUUGGUGGCGCGGCAAGAAGUCCCAUCUGCAAAAGUCCCUCUACGAGGUGGGCUUCUUUCCGCAGUCGUGCGUGGCCACCAUUGGGGACAAGGUGCCGAGGAAUUUCCCCAUGCCAGCGCCCCUAGUGGGCCAUCUGGAUGCCUCCCCCACGAAGCCAGUACUGCGAAAACAUGGCAAGCUGAUAGCCUUCUUUCGAUCCUUUAUCCUGUCGCGUCCGUCGCGGCGACGGCUCAAACAGAGCGGCAUUUACCGCGAACGGGUGUUCAACUGCGAUUUGUCGGAACAUUUGCUGAACAGCGGCCAGGAUAUACCCAUGGUCCUGCGAUCCUGUGCGGAGUUUAUAGAGAACUAUGGUGUCAUCGAUGGCAUCUAUCGACUCUCUGGCAUCACCUCGAAUAUCCAGCGUUUGAGACGCGCCUUUGACGAGGAACGAGUCCCGGAUCUAGGCAAUCCGGAGAUGAAACAGGACAUCCAUGCCGUCAGUUCGUUGCUAAAAAUGUACUUCCGUGAGCUGCCAAAUCCUCUGUGCACCUACCAGCUUUACGACAAUUUCGUGGAGGCCAUACAGGUGAAGGCCGACGAGGCGGAUGAGCGUCUGAGGCUGAUGAAGGAGACGGUACUGAAGCUGCCGCCGCCACACUACAGAACCCUCAAAUAUCUGGCUGAGCAUUUGUACAAGGUCUCGCAGCAUCACGAACGCACUGGCAUGACGGACAAGAACCUGGCCAUUGUUUGGGCCCCCAAUUUGUUGCGUUCCCCUGCCCUCGAGUCUGGUGGGGUGGCCGCCCUUCGAGGCGUUGGCGUCCAGGCCGUGGUCACCGAGUACCUGAUACGGAAUUGCCAUAACAUAUUCGAUGCUCUGGAGGACCAGCGUCACAGUGUGCUGCCAGUGGCAGUGGCACUGAAUCCUAGCGAGAGAGGAGAGCUCCGUUUGGAGUCACUCACCGACUGCGAGAGCCUGCUGGUAGAACAACGCGAACAGGAUCAAUCUUUGGGUAUGGUAGAGCGCCCCAAGAGCCUGAGCACAGGAGGAGCCAAGCUCAUCAGCCUGGAGGAGGCCCAAGAGCGACACUCACGCAUCGAGGGGGGAGAUCUGAAGCAUUCGCUGCCGAUUAGCAUGCUGGCGAGCAGCUGCAGCAGCAACACCAAUGCCGCUGCUGCUGCUGGGAACGCAGCCACCAAUAUAGGAUCUUACAUCGAGGUGGGGGGAGGUCCCUCCAGUCUCCCCGACAAAUACCACACAGUGCUGUCGGCGCCACGCAGCUGGCAGAAGCGUAAACCAGACAAAACGCCCUCAUGGAAGUCGAUUUUUACGCGCAGUCAGCGUCAGGGCAAUGUCGAUCCCAGCCACAAGAUCACCAUUGAAGCGGGUGUCGGAAAAUUGGAUCCUGUGUCCUCGCGCGUUAGCUUUGUCCAGGCCUCCCAUGCGCAUGCCAGCAAGGAGCUCUCGAAGCACGACAAGCCCAAAUCCAUAGAGCUGCUGGAGACGACACACGAACGAGAGCCCAAGCCCAUGGAGCUGUGCAUACGCUCCAAUUCCAUUGACAGCCUGCGGACAGUGGGUCAUUCGCGCAGCGUCUCCCAUGACUCGUACUUUGAUCUGCUGCAGUCCCCCCAGCGGGGACACGUGACCACCUGCCCCUCGAGGGAGCUCUCAGAGCUGGGGCUCAAUUUCGAUCGUGAGGAGCCGGAGAUGCGCAUCUUUUCGGAGAGCGAAUCGCUCGUCAGUUCCCCGCGUGUGGGCAAAGAAAACGUCCCCCCGGCGUCGGGAUGCGCCACGCGCAGGAUAAUGCGCGCCCGCCCCGAGGAGUUCUCCAGUCAGACGAACAGCGUGAAUCCCAGUCCCAAGAAGCAGCCGCGUCUCAAUCUAUUGUCUCCCUCGUCGGCCAGGGCCCUGCCUCUUCCAUUGCCAGCCACUGCCGUGGCGGCAGCGGCUCAACCGGGGCCGCAGCACCAUUGCGGCCACGAGCCAGCGGGUGCGGAGAACUGCUGCAAGCGCUACAAACUGGAGGAUCAGCUCUGCGAUAUACAGUUUAUUGAUUGCGGCACGCCCGAGCAUGCGCCGACGGUGCAGCAACAGUUUGCCAGCGUGGAAGUGCAUCCGCCACCGAAGCCCGCUAGGUCGCAUGCGCCAGGACCCACAUCUCCUGCCUCGGCGCGGUAUAGCUAUCCCUCAGUGCAAUUGGGGGCCAAGCGAAAGGAGCAGCAGGCGGCCAAGGAGAGAUUUAGCUAUCAGGGGACGUUCAUGCAGCAAGGGGGGAAGCCAGAGCAGACCCCACGUCCCGCAGUGCACAAUAACACGGUACCAAUGCGCACCAAACCCCGAGUGGAACUGCCGCCAGAUGCCACCGAUUCGCAGGGAAAGCUAUCGGUGGCCACACCCACAACGCCUCAAAGGAGUCCACGAUACAGCCUGCUGCUGUGCGACACGGAGGAGAGUUCUGAGAACAGUUCGGCUGUGACCACACCCCAAUACGAUAUGGAGCCACUGAUGCGAACCUCAGCCAUGUCGGGCAUCUCUGGGGUAUCCUCCAACAUGCAGCAGCAGCUGCUGAUGGGAGGCGGUAGCUCUCAUGAGAGUCUGGGACAGCAUUUUAACAAUCACCAAGACAUGGAUCAGCGUGAUAUGAAUGCCCUGAAACGAGAGUUGUCUUUAGAUUUGCAACCAGUGCAGCCACGCCUGCCGCAGCCCGCGAAUCGUGCGGCCACAUUGCCCGUGAAGGAACAACUGCAGGCAGCAGCAGCCGCUGCCUCGCCCAACAAUUCGAAUUUCACGGACAACACUAGUCAGUCGGUAACGCCCAGCGAAUACGGCUACCAGCAUUUGCAGCGGCAUCUCAGCAUGCACUCGCUGCUGGCCACAGAGGAGAGCUCCCCGGUGUACGAGGACUUUGAGCAGACGCCCAGCAAUGGACUGCACAAACUGGUGGCAGCCACAAGUCCCAUUAAGUCAACCAUAAGCAUCACAUACAAGUCCCCGGAGAAGGAGAAGCCGCAGCAGAAGCUGCUGGAAACCAACUUUGACGAGAAUAUCGUGUACGAGCAGGUGAAGCUCUUCCGCAAUUCGGUGACGGAAGUCAAUCAGAUGAUGCUGAGAGACCAGGAGACGCGGCCCCCCUGUCUGAAGCAGAUCGAGGAGGAGGAGCACGAUGUGUGUGCCAGCAAGGCGGAAGAGAUGACAGAGCAAUUGCUGCAAUUGGAAAAGGAGCAGCAGCAGCAGCAACAGCAACAGCUCUUGGAGCAUCAGGAACUGACCGAAGACGAUGAGCAGGAAUCCCAAUUGCUGUACGAAAACAUUGAGCUACGUAAACCGAAAACAGUCUACGAAAAUCUACGUGGCGAGGAAAUGAAACUCAUUUUAGAUCCAGACCUCAAACCAGUCGUCAACAGUGAUCGAAUCGAAUUGGAUAGUCUCGACAGUUUGCCCGAUAACAUGGAACAGGAGCACGAGCUGCCAACAGAACUCCAUCUGGCACCAAUGCCAGCCAUGCCAGUCAGCAAAUCGCCAUCGUUCAGUGUCAAGGAGUUGGCCAAUAAAUUCGAGAGUUCUCCCGUGGAGCAGCUGCCCAGCUUUGACUUUUCGGUGCGCGGCGGCUCCAUGAAGAAGCCAAAUGAGUUGAGUGUGCCUCUGUCCAUGCCCAAGGCCAUGCCCGCACCUGUUCCACUAAAGAAACUGAACAACGCACAGAAGAUCACGCGUUCGCUGGACGAGAAUGCCUUUGUGCGUGAGUUUGGGGGCAAACAGUUGCAGGAUCUGUCGCUGAGCAAGUUGCCAGAACUGCCAGAAAUGAACAAUCGCCGCAAGAGCUUCGAUUUUACGCGUCCCAAGACUUUGAAUCCCCCAAAGAGGCUGCCGGGCAUGAGCAUCACCGAGGAGAUCUGUCAGAAGCGCGGCAGCAGCGGCGGCGGCGAACCCGAACCGAUUGCCAUCACUCCCACCACAGAGAAUCGCAUUUCCCUCAUACAGAAUAAUGUACCCAAAGAUCAGCCAGCAUCAGCUACACCGUUUCCCCCACCUGUCGGACGAAAGAGUGUGGUCGCGGGAGUGAUUCUCGAUCGCGAGCGCAUUGAGAAGAUCAAGGAGGAGCGACGCCAGCAGUUGACACAGAAGUACCAUGGCGACACAUUGAAGUCGCGAUCGAAAACGGAACUGAACUCAACGGACGACAGUAAUUUCCCCGCCACGGAGUCGUUGCGCAUUAAAUCCAAGUCACGCGGUGAUAUGCACUCACUGCAAAAGGACAUGGACAUGAAUCUGAAGCAACUGGCCCGUGUACCGGGCGGUGGCUCUGAGAGCACACUACAUACAGUGCCCAGCGAUUAUGUGGGGCAAGGAAAUGGACAGCAGGGACAACAGCAGCAGCGUGUGCGUAGCAUUUCCGAUGAGAAGAAUCAAAAUUGUGAUACCAAUAGUGGUGGUGGAGUUGCAGGUGGAGGUGGUGUGGGCACAACGCUUCUGAGUGUAAAAACGGCUGCCCAGAAAUACGGCAACCAGAAGGCAGCUCCAUCAUCGUCAGCAUCGAUAGCAUCGUCGUCGUCAUCGUCGUCUGGGCUGGUGCGUGGCCCACCGCCGCAGCCCCUGCCGCGUGAGCGCAUGCCACAAAGGAAUUCGUUGGCAGCCGAGAGCAAUGCGAGCGCCAACAACAGAGAAAAGAUCUCACCACAAUUCUCAAUACGCGAUGUGACAGCGAUGUUCGAAUCUCGUUUACAAAACCAAUAGAGUUUAAGUAAAGAACAAAACUUACCAACUAAAUUGCAUCGAAAUAAUGAGACAGACGGCUAUACGCCUUCUGCUAUAUAUAUAAUCACAUUUAAUAAUGGAUUCGGCAGCGAAUUAUAUAUGCUAUAUAUUUUAUUUAGUUUUCUAAAACAUGUACUUUUAAGCAUUGGAAAUUCUCUCUUAUAUCUGGCGCAAGCGGCAACCCCAAAGACACUUUCAGCUACAUACUAUAAAAUGCCGCCUGAGGAUUCGGAUCUGGAUAGCAAGAAUAAUAUAUAAUGAUAAUGACAACGCCUUGCGCCCUGAAAUCGUAUGCAAAAUUCAAUUUUGUUUUGGAGAAAGAAGAGCAUCAAGAUGGAAGAGAGAAAGUUGAACUAAAAGACCAUCCUAUACCCCCCAAGUGGAUGAAAAUUGUUAAUGCAUUUCAUACCCCCAUAAAGGUGUUACGUUUCAUUGAAAAAGUUAAUUAAAUUUCGGUUUUUAUUUGUAUUUUUGUGAUUUUUUUGUUUGUUUCUCGAAUGUUUUCUGUAAUUCUAAUUUUUCUUUUGACGCGUAAGAGCUUUCUGUAAGCCUUUUGCAAGCAACUUUGAGCGAGUUGUAUUUAAGUUAAUUAUUAUACGAUUAAACGAUUAAUUUAUACAUACUAUAUCUUUUAAAACAAUAAACUCGAUUGCAUUGUCCCCACUUCGAUCCAUAAAUACACUUUGUAAAUACUCGUUCUUUGGCUUUGCUUUUCACUUGAAUGUUUCUUUAAGUGGAUAAAAACUAUAACACAAAACUAGAUAUAUAUCUACAGUACAAGUUGAAAAGUCUGUGUACGCGACUUGAUUGAGGUCUGAUAGAGGUUUUUUCAAGACAAUUAAAAACAAAAAAUACUCUACUAAUAUAAGUCCUAAUGAUGUAGUAACACUAAUUAACACACUUAAUGGUUGUCUACAUGAACAAAAGAAACAUUUACUGGUAACAGUUCGCUAUGAAAUGAAAAGCUGGAAAUAUAAUAGAUUUUUCACCUAGAAAUGCUGUACAAAAUAUUUGCUUUUUCUUUCUAUGAAUUAAUAAUUUGAUUGUACGAUUGAAAUCUAAUUCCAGUCUGUUUUGAGAUUCCUAGUUGUACUACAAAAGCAGUGUAGUGUUUUUCAUCAAUUGCUGAAUAUAGUUGAAAAAGCAUAUAUGUAUUUCUUAGAGAUAUGUAGAGAUUAUCCUUUAUUUUUUACUUUUUCUUAGUUAUAAAUUAUUUCUACACUAGAAUUCGUAAUAAAAUCUUUUCUGAGAUUCCCAAUUGUACCACCAAAAGAGUGCACAUGUUUUCAAGUAUUCGAAACUUGCUGAAUAUAUUUUUUAAUGGAUUUAAAGAUUCAUUCCUUUAAAGUCUUUUUUUGCUCCGCCCUGUAAUUUUGAGCCUAAAGUUGUAUGAGACCCAAAGGAAAUCUAUCUUGUUGUUGAGCGCGUACACAGUAUUGGAUUAGAAUAAACCCCUUAAUCCUAUCUUUGACCAAUCAAAAAUGUUUUCAAAUCAAACAUAAACUAAAACGAGAGCUAACAGUAAAAGACAAACUAAAUAUAGGAAUUUUAAUGUGUGGCUAGUGCUUAGAUUUGACUACUAGAUAAAAUUCAUAUAUACUCGUGUAUUCAAAGGCGGAAAAGUAGAUAAAAAUCAAAUAAAACAAGUAAUUGCAUUUUCAAUUGACUCCAGAAGCAGCUGCCAAAUUGUUUUUAUAUUGAAAGCCUAAUUCAAAAACGAAAAGACCACAAAACGGAAAAAUAAAGGAAAUUAACAGAAUUGUAAUACAAUAACUAAAUAGAAAGCUUUAAAACAUAAGUUAGCAUUUGAUAUAUUUUGAUAAAAAAAAAUAAAAGAAAACAGAAACGAAAGAAUACACAAUUAUAUUGCAUAUUGACUGAGAACGACAAGAAUAGCGGAAAAAAUUUAAAGAACGCUUAAAAAAAACUAUUUAUGAAAGGAGCAAAGAUCAAUCAAUCAUUAAACUGGAAUAGGAGAUGAAUUGUGAGGAUGAGAAAUGAUGGAUGAUGUCAUGGAAUUAGUACACACUUUGCAUUAACAUAUUUUAUAAUGAAACAUUACAAACAACACUAAUUUAACGCAUAUAAAUAAAAAGAAAAUAUUAAGACUAAUUGAUAUUUGUUAUAGCUUGGGAGGGUCUCUCAAAUACCUAUAAAAUAAAGGGGUUUCUUGUUCACCGGAACGAAAUUAAACCUUUAGCUAAUCAUAAAUGAUGAAAAAUGUUCCUCAAAUUUAGCUAAUGCAGCUCUCCAUAGGUAACACAAUUAUACUAACCUCAUACUGAUUCUUAUAGUUAAAACAGUUAAAUUCUUUAUUCUAUUCCAUUCAAUCCAAUCGUUUAGUUGCUGACAUUUCAGAGGCUUUAGCACUGCAGAUAUAUAUGCCCAUAAACCUUGUGAAAUUCCACCCCUUGAAGUAAGCAAUAAUAGUUGAAAUCAAUUUGUGACACUAUAAUUCCCAACCAGUUCUAGCCGCACAGUCAUCAGGUGGUGGCUGAUUUCCAGCUUCAAGUUAUCGCUUCUCGGCCUUAUGGCUAAGAUCAAAGUGUAGUAUCUGUUCUUAUCAGCUUAACAUCUGAUAGUUUCUCCAUUGGAGAACAACAAAUGUUAAACUGAUUUUUGGAAUCAGACGGAGUGCUAGGGGCUUGCUCCACCUCUGUCGCGGGUUGGCCCGGUA